AUGACGGUCGAGCUCUGCGCGGCAUUCUGCCAUAGCGCUUUAGCCAACGGCACCGCGCUCAUGGGCGUCCAGUACGGCCGCGAGUGCUACUGCGGCAACGUCCUGAACACGGGCAGCACCCCGGCUCCGGCGGACGAUUGCGACUUCCCCUGCGGCGGCAACGGUGAUGAGUACUGCGGGGCGGGCAGUCGGCUUAACUUGUAUAGGUUUAUACCGGCUUCGUCAUCUUCGUCGUCUUCGACGGCCCUCUCAAGUUCAACCUCUAGUUCUAGUCCCACGAAAUCGUCCGUGUCCUCGUCGGCUUCUACUUCGAAUUCCUCCUCCAAAACCACAUCCACAGUCAAAACCUCCAGCAGCUCAACAUCGACGUCCGGCCCCCCACGCCCCACAGUCAGCGGUUACACCUACGACGGCAUGACGACCGAGUCCUGCGCCGGGAACUGCAGCGCCUACGCCUACUUCGGCACUGAGUACGGGCGGGAGUGCUACUGCGGCGCCUCCCUCAUGCCUUCAACCACGCCCGCCACAACCGACAACCAGUGCGCCAUCCCGUGCUCGGGCAACAGCAGCCAAGUCUGCGGCGACCGCUCCAAAAUAUCGGUCUGGUAUUCGGCCGACGCGUCGAAGGCGCACGGCGCACCGCGCGUCGUGGGGGGGAAUGCUAAUUACACGUAUCACGGGUGCGUGGCGGAGCCGUCCGGCGCGCGGGCGCUGGCGGGUGGGAUGAUUGCGGGGAAUGGGAUGACGGUGCAACAGUGUCUGGCGUGGGCGGCGGGCAAUGGGUUCAGGUAUGCUGGGCUGGAGUAUGCGCGCGAGUGCUAUGGCGGGAAUGCGAUUGCGGCGGCGGCUAGGAAUCAGACGGAUGCGAGUUGCUCCAUGACUUGCGCUGGGGAUGUUACGGCUUAUUGUGGUGGGAGUGGGCUUUUGACUACUUAUGUGAUGAAUGUGACGGCGGUGUCGCGGGGGAUGAGGUGA